AUGAGGCUCACCUCCACCCUCAGCCUCGCCACUCUGGCAGCCCAAGGCACCUACGCCCUGCUUGGACGCCCCAGUCACCUGUUCCACACCAGGGACCUGCUCCAGGACGUCGUCACCUUCGACAACUACUCCCUGUUCAUCAAUGGCAAGCGCGAAUUCAUCUACUCGGGCGAAUUUCACCCCUUCCGACUGCCAGUCCCUUCCUUGUGGCCCGACGUCUUGACCAAGAUCAAGGCCUUGGGGCUCAAUACCAUAAGCAUUUACAUUCACUGGGGUGCCCUCGAGGGCAAAGCUGGCGACUUCAAUGCCCAAGGCCCUUUGGUCCUCGAGCCCUUGUUCGAGGCUGCCCAGGCUGCGGGCCUGUACGUUAUUGCCCGCCCUGGCCCCUACAUUAACGCAGAAGCCACAGGAGGAGGAUUUCCUGGAUGGCUCCAACGUAUUGAGGGCAAGCUAAGGACCAAUGCCACUGACUACCUCUCCGCGACCGACAACUACAUGGCUGAGAUCGGUGCUCUCAUUGCAAAGUAUCAGAUCACCAACGGUGGCCCCGUCAUAUUGGUCCAAGUAGAGAAUGAAUACACUAGUUUCGACCCCGGUUUUGCUGUCGAUGGCUGGUAUUUUCAGUACAUCGAGGACCAGCUCCACCACGCCGGUGUCGUCGUGCCGUUGAUCAGCAACGAUGCCAGACCUGCCGGGAACAACGCUCCUGGCAGUGGUAUUGGAGCUGUCGACAUCUAUGGUCACGAUGCUUACCCGUUAGGAUUCGACUGUGCCAACCCUUCUUCGUGGCCGGAACGUGCUCUUCCAACCAAUUUCCGCCAGACACAUCUUCAGCAGAGCCCCAGUACUCCGUACACGAUCCCAGAGUUCCAGGGGGGCAGCUUCGACCCCCCGGGCGGUGUUGGCUUCGAGAAAUGCGCCGCUCUGGUCAACAUGGAGUUUGAGCGUGUCUUCUACAAGAACAAUUACGCGGCUGGCGUCACCAUUUUCAGCCUGUACAUGAUUUUCGGAGGAACAAACUGGGGCAACAUCGGCCACCCUGGUGGUUAUACAAGUUAUGACUACGGCUCCGUCAUCCGUGAAGACCGUGCGGUAGACAGAGAGAAGUACUCGGAGCUGAAGCUCCAGGCGAACUUUCUCAAGGUCUCCCCAGGCUAUCUCCUUGCUUCUGCGGCGAAUUCGUCCUCAACUGGCGUCUACAACACGAAUCCGGACGUUGUAACCACCCCAGUUCUCGGGUCUACCGGGUCAUUCUUCGUCGUGAGACACUCGGACUACACUUCCCAGAAGUCGUCUAAUUACACGCUCUCUUUACCGACUUCUUUGGGGAAUAUCUCUGUCCCCCAGCUCGGAGGCUUUCUCAGCCUCAAUGGCCGGGACUCCAAGGUCCACGUCACGGAUUACCCUGUUGGGAACUCGGAACUACUAUACUCCACAGCAGAAAUCUUCACUUGGCAGGUAUUCGACAACAAGACAGUGCUCAUUGUAUAUGGGGGUCCAAACGAGCUCCAUGAGUUGGCCAUCCUGGGUGUAACUGACGGUGCCGUGCUUGAGGGAGAUGGUGUGACUAUCCAACACACAAACGGCUCUUCGGUGGCUCAAUGGCAGACCUCUGCUGAAAGGAAGAUUGUGCAGUUUGGCGACCUCUUUGUCUACAUCCUCGACCGCAACAGCGCCUACAACUAUUGGGUCGCCGACGUGGCAGAUAGCGCCGUGAUUGUCAAUGGGCCAUACCUGGUGCGGUCAGCUCUUGUUGAGGGUGGCAACCUGAUUCUCUCUGCAGAUUUCAACAAGACGACAAGCAUCGAGAUCAUUGGAGUGCCUCCAGGUGUCACCUCCUUACAGGUCAACCAAGCCACUCUGGAGCACUCUACUGACUUCUUAGGCUCCUGGACUGCCAGUCAAGACCACUCGCCUCCCACUUUUGAAAUCCCUGACCUUUCUAGUGCCUCAUGGUACUACAUCGACUCACUACCCGAAAUCCAGUCCGACUACGAUGACACUGCCUGGCCAGACGCGGACCAUACCAACACCACCAAUCCUGUUGGCUCUCCUCUUCUGACGCCCGUCUCUCUAUAUGGAUCUGACUAUGGGUUCAACACAGGCGCAAUAAUUUUCAGGGGUCACUUCACCGCCUCUGGGAAUGAGUCCAAGAUUGGGCUUCGCACACAAGGUGGAGAAGCCUUCGGCGCGUCAGUCUGGCUUAAUAAUACCUUCAUUGGUUCCUGGGCAGGGAAUUCAGUGGAGGAAAAUUACAAUUCAUCCUUCAUUCUGCCCAACCUGGAAGCCGGUAGCUCAUAUAAAUUCACCGUCUUGAUUGACAACAUGGGUUUAGAUGAGAACUACGACGUCGGCGGAGAUGUACAGAAAAACCCCCGAGGCAUUCUACAAUACGACUUUCCAUCGGAAAUCACCUGGAAACUCACAGGAAACCUUGGUGGCGAGGACUAUGCCGACCGCGUUCGUGGCCCCUUGAACGAGGGCGGCCUUUUCAUCGAGCGCCAGGGAUACCACCAGGCUGGCCCGCCUGUAGAGGACUUCACAACGGGGACGUCACCAUACGAAGGCAUCACAUCGGCGGGUGUCGGUUACUACACUACCAACUUCAUGCUCUCAAUUCCUUCCGACCAAUGGGAUGUGCCGCUGUCCCUGGUGUUUGCGAAUGACACGUCCGCAGCGGCCGCAGCGCCAUACAGGGCGUUCAUUUACGUGAAUGGGUACCAGCUCGGUCGAUACACGAGCAAUGUGGGACCCCAAUCCGAAUUCCCCGUACCCGAAGGUGUUCUUGACUACCAGGGGGACAACUGGCUUGGCAUAGCGCUGUGGGCGCUUGGAAGUGAUGGCGCGAAAGUGCCUGGUCUUAACUGGACACACAGCUCAACACCCGCUCUGACAGGCCGGGCCACGCCGUCGCUUGUUGAGCAGCCUGCGUGGGAGUUGAGACCAGAGGCUUACUGA